AUGGGCAACGACUAUAUCACGCUGAAAUUUCUCCGCGAUCAAGGUUCGAAACUUCCGCUGCCAGGAGAAGUGCUUCUGAUCAGCGGGCCUGACGAGAAAGUUCGAUUCACUUUGACAAAAAAGGUACCGGGCCAAUGGUUAGGUUCAGUUUGGCAUACGCUCUCGCUGCGGUCGAGGAGGAACGUGAGCCGUCAAAUGACGGGAAUUGUGAAAGCCUUACGCCGCUUCACUAGACCAACAGCACAAAAGGCUGAUGGUACUCCUCUAGAAGACUUUUUAGUCGGCCGCUGUCUAUUUCGAAGUCCCAGUUGCACCCAAAUUGGUUCUACUACAGAGGAAUGGCUUGAUGCCCUGGCACCUACCCUCCGUGGUGGUCUCUCUAACAUCCAUAAAACAAACGACCCAGUUGUUAUCGAAGAGAAACUGGCUGAAUUGCGGGCGAAUUUUCCGUCAGGGGGGCCGUACUAUUUGACCCACGGUGACCUUAAUUUUUCGAACAUUCUUGUGGAAGGUGAUAAAAUUACGGCCAUACUGGAUUGGGAGUGGUCUGGCUUCAUGCCCUGGUGGGCCGAGCGGUUGACGGCUGGUGGACACAAUUUCCCGGCAGACGAAUUUCUAAGUCGCAUAUGGGCUAACGUAGAGCCCGAACUCGACGAAGAGACAUUCAUAUCAACGGUGGCAGUACCGGUGGGGAAGGUUAAGGAGGCAUGGGAUGCUUGCAAGGUCGAUCACCCUAACUUUAAAGACAGAUGGGUGCUGCCCGCAUUUUCUGAAUGUCAAUCAGCUGCAGGACACAUUAAUUGGUUUGAUUGUGGUAAUCAAGUUGAGCACAAGAUUAACCCUAAUCAAUGGGAUGAUGAAGGACAAAAGUAA